GAAUAGUAUCGUUAUUUUUCGUUCGGUGUCCAAUAUACAUUUAAUGUUCUUGUUCUAGUUCUCUAAAUACAUAGUUUGUGUAUUAAGAAUGCUAUAAACUUUACCGAUUACAACUUCAAUGAGAAAGUAGAUAUAGUUCAGAUUUUCGAUAGAAGGUGAGCGGUUGAAAGUUGUACGUUGAAAGUACGAUGUUCGAGACCGUUCGUUCGAAAGGCUAUCGAUUUUGACACAAAACGACAAAUGACAAGACGAUUUUUCUUUCGUUCUGUUAAAAUUGGUCAGGUUUACCUAGUGUCACAUCGCUGUCUUACAGUGAGUCGGAUAAAAUUUACGAUCAGAAAGAAGGAACGUGGCUCUUCGGAACUCGUGAUACGCCACUGAUCGUAUCGCGUUGGAAAUCCCACCGAUUCCUUCGUUUACGACCGUGUCGUUCGCGUUUUACCUUCACUACCUUUCACGGUCACGUGGUCGAGACAUUAGGCGACCUGUUAGAGAAAACAGCGAUUGUCUCUGCGCCAAAUUGCAGGAAUCCCAGAGUGGCGAGUGGUCUCGCGGCUCAAAAUCGGGACACGAGAAACGUCGUGGCGUGAUAAUAUCAUCGUCGAGCACGAUGGCUUGCGAAUUCUUUAAGCUCAAACGAUGGCCGAUUCACGCGGCUUCAAGCCAAUAAACCAGUUGUGGCAGAGCGCGGCAGUGUCUACGGACCCGGAUUCGGAGUGCCUCUACGAAGAGAUCUCGGGCCUUUCGGGGUCCCAGGAUACGGAACCAGGGCCGGCUGGUGCCGCCGUCGGGGAGGAGGAGGAGGAGGAGGAGGAGGAGGAGGAGGAGGAGGAGGAGGAGGGAAGGGGAAGGGGAAGGGGGAGGGGGAGGGGGAGGCUCGAUUUUGGCGCACAGGUCGGCGGUAGCAGCUGGUGGAGGCAGGGCAAAGGGAGCGAGAGAAUCGCCUCCGGCGUGCAUACCGGCACGACCGGUCGUAAAGCGAGCAAAAGUGUUGGAACUAGCGCGAGAUCGCGCAGCAGAUCGGCCGAUCGGCCAUCAAGCGGACGUCAGGACAUCAUCAGGGUGGAGGAGGAGCAGUAUGCCUCACGAAGAAGUUACGUGGAGCCCGGUACAGGCGCCGUACUGCCGCCUCCUGUUACCGGCCUCAAGCUGACCAGGGGGCGUGCAACCAGCACCGUCGCCCGCUAUUUGCACUCGGCCUCCACCAACACCGGUCACUAUCACCAUCAUCAUCACGGGCUGCACGGACAGUAUCCACCCGGCAGCACCGGUAGGCCGACCGGCAGGCAUCACCAGCAUCAUCACCCAAGCCGCGGCUCGUUCAGUAAUGAGACGCAGGAAGAGGUACAGGAGGACGAUGAAGCCACUCUACGGGAGUUGCUUGUAAGUCUGCAGAAACAGGUCAGCGUUAUGAGUAUGAACUUGAGUGCCAAGCUGGACGAGCUGCAGCGGGGUGACCGCCAGCUGGAGACCACCGUCGCCCUCUGCGAGAUCCGCACGCAGCUGCAGGAACUCACCAAGAGCGUAGAGUCUUGCCAGAGCGAGGUCAGCGAGGUCAAACGGGACAUGGUCGCGAUCAAGCACGAACUAGAUACGGUACAGCAGGUGAAAGAAGAAAUAGAGGAAUUACGAGAAUACGUGGAUCGACUAGAAGAACAUUCUCAUCGACGGAAACUUAGACUUUUGGAGCAGGGGCUAACACUUUUCCUGUCGUAUGCAAUACUGGCAGCAGUUUUAGGAAUGUUGCAGUUUGGAUACAACACUGGGGUUAUUAAUGCGCCGGAAGUGAACAUUGAAAAUUUCAUGAAAGAUGUGUACAAGGAUAGAUAUGGGGAGGACAUUUCAGACGAUUAUGUGAAGAGAUUGUAUUCCGUGGCCGUAAGCAUAUUUGCGAUUGGUGGUAUGCUAGGCGGUUUUAGCGGAGGGAUAAUUGCCAACAGAUUUGGCAGAAAGGGGGGCUUACUGCUAAACAACGUGCUGGGCAUCGUGGGGGGGUGCCUGAUGGGUUUUACAAAGAUGGCUCACUCGUAUGAAAUGUUAUUCUUUGGACGGUUCAUCAUCGGUGUCAAUUGUGGCUUAAACACCUCGUUGGUUCCCAUGUACAUAUCGGAGAUAGCACCACUGAACCUGAGAGGCGGCCUAGGCACGGUGAACCAGCUCGCUGUUACGGUGGGCCUCCUGGUCUCCCAGGUGCUGGGCAUCGAGCAAAUCCUUGGAACGGACGAGGGUUGGCCAGUUCUCUUAUUACUAGCUAUCUGCCCUGCCAUUCUACAGUUAUUGCUGCUUCCAGUUUGCCCCGAAUCUCCAAGAUAUUUGCUCAUUACUAAACAGUGGGAGGAGGAAGCCCGUAAAGCUUUGAGGAGGUUGAGAGCCAGUAACCAAGUGGAAGAAGAUAUCGAAGAAAUGAGAGCUGAAGAACGAGCUCAACAAGCCGAGUCUAGAAUAUCGAUGACAGAGCUCAUAUGUAGCCCAACUUUGAGAGCACCUCUUAUCAUCGGUGUGGUUAUGCAACUUUCCCAACAGCUUUCAGGCAUUAACGCUGUAUUUUACUAUUCGACAAAUUUGUAUACUAGUUCUGGUUUGACGGAGGAGAGUGCCAAGUUUGCAACCAUUGGCAUAGGUUCCAUUAUGGUUGUUAUGACGUUAGUAUCCAUCCCUCUUAUGGAUAGGACAGGAAGACGUACAUUGCACUUAUACGGUCUUGGUGGCAUGUUUAUCUUUUCAAUAUUCAUCACAAUUUCUUUUCUCAUAAAGGAGUUUUUCGGUUAUGUGCAGGAAAUGAUUGACUGGAUGUCUUAUCUGUCGGUCGUGUCGACGCUCUUUUUCGUGGUAUUUUUUGCCGUGGGGCCUGGUUCCAUCCCGUGGAUGAUCACGGCCGAACUGUUCUCCCAAGGUCCUAGACCUGCGGCCAUGUCUAUCGCGGUCCUCGUCAAUUGGAUAGCUAAUUUUGUGGUUGGCAUCGGUUUUCCAAGUAUGAAGACUAGCCUUGAAAACUACACGUUCCUACCAUUCAGUGCAUUCCUAGCCAUCUUCUGGAUCUUCACGUACAAGCAGGUUCCUGAGACCAAGAAUAAAACAUUCGAAGAAAUUCUAGCUUUAUUCAGGCAUGGUAACGACAGGAGCAGCUUGCGGGACAGCAGACUUUAUGGGAGCAUGCUAAACUGUGUGAAUGCAUUAGAGGGACACAUACCGCCAGCAGAGAGUGCAGCCCUGAUGGUGGCCGAGGAGAAGCCACAUCCUGAUUCAUUAUGAUUCAAAAGUGCAGAG